AAUUGGAAACUUGUAAAACUCAAUAACAAACACAUCAAAUCCUUCUACCGAGUAAUUUAGUACUACAAUGUGGGUUGCAAUACAAAAUACAAACUAUCAGUUGUCGAUUGGUGGGUAGACAUUUGAGAUGUGUGUGGUAAAAAUUAAUUAAUUUCGGUAUGUUUUGUGUUUAUAAGUUAACGACCGCUUUUUUUAACAAAAAAGUUAUUUAUUAAUGUGAUAAAUAUAAUUAUUUUGUGAUAUGCUGCACAAGUGUAGCUUUGGUGGAUUUUGGUCCCGCCGAUUUCAAGAAGGUGGUUCAUCUACACCUUGGAUGUUCGGCGGGGUGCAGCCAACAAUAUUACCUCCUACCUCAUCAAAAGACACAAAUUAUUUCCAACAUAUAAUCAAUAACAAUAUGGAGAACGAUCUACGUGAAAUACUUCGAGAAAAAGCUGAGAAGCAUCGCGAUUAUUAUAAUUCCAAGUUGGUUACCGAUACUACCGACAUCGAUAGUUCGCCAAUUGAAGAAAAGAUGGCAGACGAAGUACCAAGUUUAGACACGAACGAUGCUAACGCGACCGAAGUACUCGAAUCGAGUUGUACGGGGUCGAUCAAUUCUAAAUCGAGACAAAGAAGACGGGGUGUUUACGAGAUUGAAGCAAUGUUUUCGGAACCGGUUGAAUUUAAAAGUGUAAAACUUUUGCGUCAAAAUUAUAUUUCAAUGCUAGAAAAAACAACGAAACAACUUUCGUUAGUUUCAGAUAAUUCAAAUAUCGAUAAAAAAACCGAGAAAAGACAAGAAAUCAUGCCUGAAAAAUUAGAGUUGUUAAACGAAAAAACGGAAUUGCUUGUUCCACCUUCAAGCGGUUAUUGCAGUUCCACUGCUUCGGGAACUAGUGAUGACGAACGUGAAAAAAAUUGGAGGAAAAGUGAAAGAAGAAGUGGCAGCACUGAUUCGGCAGUACAAAGUGAUGAGGAGGCACCUAUUCAAACCAAUUGGGGAGAAAAAAAUGAGGAAAUUUCGUUGCCGAAUGGGUAUAAAGCAAGAAGUCCUUACAGUCCAAGAUGUUCUGUGGACCAUUCGAAUGUUCCUAGCAAAACGUUAAUAGAAGCUCAGUACGUUCCCUUACCGCUUAAUAGGAAAUUCAGCGUAGAUAUUGCCAGCGAACAUACAUCAAAUACUUAUGAUACUUUCGAUGAGAGUCGCCGUCAUAGUUGCUUCAGUGAAGGAGAAAACCAGCCUCCUUAUCGUUAUUGGCGCACUCCAUCGGUCGUAGUCAGUGAUUAUUCGGACGACAUAAUGGGUUUAACCCUCGAGGAUAUUGAAUAUAUUCGUAGCCGUAGAAAUAAUUCAAUAUCUCCUGAUUCGAGUUUACAAAGUUCUUGCAGUAAUCUAAACUAUUGUGGUUCGACAUUAAGUGGUUUGGAUGGUGACUAUGUGAUUUGUGAGCCGUACAGAAAAUCUUCUAAUUGUUCAACUUGUUCAACCGUGAGUGAUGACGAGGAAAAUUCUGGUGGUGAUACUCUUCUACAACCAUAUAAGACAAAAGAGCCUUCGGGGUGGAGAAAGCUCAGAAAUAUCGUUCAAUGGACACCGUUUUUCCAAACCUACAAGAAGCAGAGGUAUCCUUGGGUGCAGCUUGCUGGACAUCAAGGGAACUUCAAGGCUGGACCGGACCAAGGCACAAUUUUGAAAAAAUUGUGUGCUAAAGAAGAAAAAUGUUUCAAAAUCCUUAUGAAGGAUGUAUUACGGCCAUAUGUUCCUGAAUAUAAGGGCUUAGUAACAAGUGACGAUGGAGAAUGUUCUUAUAUACAAUUACAGGAUCUCUUAGGAGACUUUGUAUCACCUUGCGUGAUGGAUUGCAAAAUUGGUGUUAGAACAUAUUUAGAAGAAGAACUUGCCAAAGCUAAAGAGAAACCAAAAUUGAGAAAGGAUAUGUACGAUAAAAUGUGCCAAAUCGAUCAGAAUGCUCCAACAGAAGAAGAACAUAAGCUCAAAGGAGUUACCAAGCCCCGAUAUAUGGUUUGGCGAGAAACAAUUUCAUCCACAGCCACUUUAGGAUUUAGAAUCGAAGGUAUUCGAAGUGCAGAUGGCACCUCAACCAAGGAUUUUAAAACAACUAAAACCAAAGAGCAAGUUAUGGCUGCUUUCGAAAAGUUCACAGAUGGAUUUCCUCAUGCCAUACCCAAAUAUAUUCAGAGGUUGAAGGCUAUCAAAGCCACUUUGGAAACUUCAGCUUUCUUUAAUUCACAUGAGGUAAUUGGAAGUUCACUUCUUUUUGUUCACGAUCGAUUUAGUGCCAAUGUUUGGUUAAUAGAUUUCGCUAAGACAAUAAUUCUUCCUGAAAACAUGAAGAUAACCCACAACUCCAAAUGGAAAGUAGGUAACCACGAAGAUGGUUACUUAAUUGGCGUUAAUAACUUGAUUAAAAUUUUUAUGACUAUGCUGGAGCAGCAACCGAUAACUGUCAGUCCACCAUUAGCGUUGCAAGAUCCUCCAGAAGUGACUCAAACUCCGAUUGAGAAGACUUGACAGACAUCUAAUUGAGAAAUGCCAGAAGUUAAAAUACCCAGGAGGAGUAAUACUUUUGUUUAUAGCCGAUUCAUACUUCCGUAUUAAACAAUAAAAAGAAGUAAUUUGAGAGUAUUUUAAAAUUUUUAGAUUAGAAAUUCAAAUUUUGAAUUGUUUAUAAAAUUUUGUUAGUGUUUGGAUUCUAAUAUCAAUUGAGUAUGGAAAAUGUCGAAUUAAGGUUAUUGAGCCUUAAUAUUCUAUUGUAAAUAUUACAUUUAUUAUUUAUUAUUUAACUACUGAUAAUGUAUUUUAUCAAUUUGAGACGAUUCAUUGCACUUAUAUUUAUAUCAACUAUACAGACUAAUGAGUUUUGAAUAUCAUGUAAAAAAUGUAAUAAAAUCGUUUCAAAACUUGAA